AGUUUUAGCCACUCCCAAAACACACCCUCUUAUUAAAAUGGCGACUGAUCAAAAGGCAGAAAUCAAAGGUGAAGUAGGUCAGGCUCUUUUUGAAUUCCUUCACAUGGAAAUGGUGUCUUACUUAGUCAGUUCUAAAGAAAAGGAGGACCAGGGAGAGCUCAUUUCAAAGCUUGAGGCUCUUGGCUAUGGAGUAGGUGCUAGAAUGAUGGAGAGGUCCUGUAGGGACGUCCCUCGUUUUAGGACAGAGCUUGACGCCAUGGUAUUCCUCUGCAAGCAGUUCUGGGUUCACUUGUUCAAUAAACAAAUUGACCACUUAAAAACAAACAACCAAGAUGUCUUUGUACUUUACGAUAAUAAUUUUCGUUUGUUAACUCACUUAACUGAUUCGUCUCAAUACAGCGAUGAACUAUCCAGAUAUGUUGCUUUCACUUCUGGGAUUUUAACUGGAGCUCUUUCUAAUUUGGGAAUACGGAGUCACAUCAGUUAUGAAAUAACUAAACCACCUCAAUGUGUUUUUCAAGUCAAGGUUUUACUUUGAGUGGGUGUGGGAGUUAAUUUUCAAAAUUUUGUACUGUAUUAUUAUUAAAUUUUUAAUUAAAAACAUACUGUACAUUUGAUCAAUGGAGGGUGUCA